AUGAAUAUCUUUUCAGUGCUAGCUAUUUUUCUUGCAGCAGCCACUGCGAAUGGAUACUCCGGUCUCCCUCACCCAUUGGCUCUCGCAUCAUCAUUCUCCCUCAUCUACCACGAGCUCGACAACAUCAACCUUGGAAACUGCUCUCUAGCAAACGCAACUCUUCCAUUGAACGCAACAAAAUAUCCGCUGCCAGAACCAUGCAGAAACCUCACGCUCAAACAUGUUGCACUGGGCCGGGGAACUCAGAACUACACCUGCCCAUUGGAUGCUUCUUCGAACCCUCAGUCCACCAUCAAGCCUGAGGCCACGGGGGCCGUUGCUACGCUCUUCGAUGCCUCAUGCAUUGUAUCUGCAUCCGAGUCUCUUCUUCACCAGGUCCCUGGCAUAAUCAGCACCACGCCUCUUGGAUCUCUUGCUUUCAUGGCGGCUCUUGUGGCUCAGGGUACAAGGAGCACCAAUUUGAUCGUUGGCGAACAUUACUUUGAUGCUGCUAGUGACCCGGUCUUUGAUCUUAGUCUGACUGGCUCCAAUUCUUGGAUUGUUAGUACCAAGAAAGCAUCUGUUCCGGCGCCAUAUUCAACAUCAGAAUCUGGUGACGAUGUUCCGUGGCUCAAACUGGGUUACAAGAAGGGCCAGAACAUUCAGGAGGUUUACCGAGUUGUGACAUCCUUGGGUAACCCGCCCUCUACUUGUGCUGGUCAGAACUCCACAAUACUAGUCCCAUAUGCAGCAGAAUAUUGGUUCUAUGGGUAA